UUCGUUCUCAAACUUCAUCACAAACAACAUUACUCUUUAACAUCAGUAAACAUUUAAGAGCAAGAGUUCCUGCAUUCCUCAACCUUCUAUCCAUCAAUUGAUCCAUCAUGGCUACUGAUGAAAGAGCAGGAGCUGAAAUUGUACGAGGAAAGGAAGCUUGUGAGCGAUUUUCUGUGGAGCUGAUGAAAGAGCUUGGAUUUCCUAGUGGUGUACUUCCCACCGGAGAGCUGGUGGAAUGCGGGAGGGUGAGAGCCACGGGUUUCGUGUGGUGGAAAUGCAAGGCCGCCUAUGAGCAUUUCAAUGUGGCUACCAACACCAAGAACAGCUACGCCGCCGAGACCACGGCUUAUGUGGAGAAGGGGAGGAUGAAGAAGAUGACUGGUUGCAAGGCUAAGCAGAUGAUGCUGUGGGUUCCUAUUGCGGAAAUGUACAUUGAUGGAAACAAGAUCUCCUUCAAGUCAUCCAUGGGAGUCGGCAAGUCCUUCCCCAUCAUAUCUUUUAUGAACGAAGAAGAGAAGAAGGCUUAUCUCCACUAAAAUGGUGAAGCAAAUUAAACAUUAGUGACUAGUUAGGAUCAUUCCCUGAUGGUCCUUGUCAUAUUCAUACCCUAUUAGCUAUAUGUAUUUGAGUUCCUUUUUUAUAUCCUAGUAUCCUCACUUCAAGACCCAAUAAUAUCUGAAUGUACUUUAUUAUUUAAAACCAGUGGCGCAGGCUUCAUCUUUUGUUUAUCAUUGGAUUUCACUUUUGA